UUGACAUGUAGCAGUUUUUAAAUAAAUUUGGGCUAAAUUACCAACCAAUUCACUAUGUUAAAUCAAGGCCCUUCAACACGAAGCUGUUCGGAUGCCCAAAUUAUCUUCUUGAAUGACAUUCAGAAAACAAUAGUGUCAUCAAUUUUGAAUCAAAUGCACGAUUAUGAAAUGAACUCUAAGAAUGUCUUAAUUUUAACUAGCACAAACUGCAAAGAGAGCAAACAGCACACAAUAGAAGAUACUAGCGAUCUGGAUAAAUUAUUGCAAUAUCAGAACGAAUUAAUGAAUGAUACACUGAAAAUUGCCAUACUAAUGUACAAGAAUCAAUUUUUGAACAAUGUUAUUACAUCAAAACAGUUCAAAGAAGGAAUUGUGCCGAUCUUAUUACUUAAAAGGUCAUCUAACGAUGCACAAACUAAAAACGUAGAGACUUCAGUUGAAACAACAGGAAAAUUAAUUCCUAACAAAUAUAUGAACUUGCUUAUUAAUAAUGAAAUCAUAUUUAUCUUUAUAAAUAUACUAAGAAAUUUGAAUAAACCUGAUGAAUUUAAUAAUGGUGGUAUAUCGGACUACUCGAGAAAUUUGUUAAUAAAGAAAUACAUUGAACAAAUUGUCAAGAGGGCAACUGAAAUAGAAAAACACGUCCCCGAUCACAAUUAUAAUUCAAAGAUGAAGCAUAAUUGUCCCACUGACGACAUAAAGUAUGAAGUAUUUAAUUUAUCCAUGAAAAUACAUAGAGCAAAAGUCCAUUUACAGCGACAUUUAUUCAGUCGUAUUAAUGAGCUGCUCAUAUUGAAGGGAGUGCUAGAUAGAAUACACAAAGACAAAGAAUCCACAAUCCAAGAAUUGUGUACAAAUGACAGACGUUUAAAUGUGUUUAUAAAAAGAACAUCUCCUGAUCACGUUAUUAAUCAACUAAAGAAUGCAAGACAGCACGUAUCGAAAGACAUUAAAAGGAUAAACAAAAAGAUGACUCGAGUUAAAAGAAUUGAGGCGUCUCUAAGCAAUUAUGUUGAUGACAUAUUAAGUGGGCAACCCUUUAAUUCUGUGAAAAUAAAUAAAUCGUACGGUUAUUUUUCUGAAACAGACCCAUUUAUGUCGACAACUUCGUAUGUUUCCGAAUAUUCAAAGACAUUUAUGAGUAGAAACAGUUAUGUAGAGAACUGUACCACAGAAGAAAUUAAAGAAGAAUCAUCUAGGCCAGUAUAUACCAAAACAAAUUUAGUAAACACUGAAUUAACGAACCAAGGUGUGAAAUAUAUAAUUCGUUACAGAAAAGCUCUUCGUCCCAAACGCAAACCGCAAAGUGAGAUGGCAUUAUCUAACUCAUUUUGGGAGUACUCCGGCAUUAUUUCUGAUGGUAAUAUUUUUAAAGCAAUACAUAGAAAAUACAGCUACGAAUUGUUUACGACUAAGAGAAUGAUCAGAGACUACCCAGAUUCGUCAUCUAUUGGAGACAAUUGGACCAACUGCGAGACGGUGUCAAAUAAUUCAAAAACUUGUAUGAAAAAUUUAAUAAAAGUAACAAAGUCUACGAAAAGUGUGCAAACGAAUAACGAAGAUUAUCCCAUUAUGGAUAAGCCCUUGCAGAAAAGUAAAUAUGUACAAUGUUUUAUAGAAAGCGAAUCGAAUGUUGAGUUUUCUAAUACAGCCAAACGUCAAUUCGACAGGAUAAUUAGGGGCAAAUCCAGAAUACCCAUACCUAUAAAAAGAUAUAAGCAUUCGGCAAAACUUGGUUUAACAUUGUGUAAAUCUGUAUGAUGUUAAAUCUACUUUGUUAUUUAGUUUUUACAUAUAAAUGUGUAUCACUGUUUGCUUAAA